CUGCCGCACAGCUGUCAGUUAUCGAUAACAUUAGGCUGCAAUUAGUUUAAACUGUUUUGAUUGUAUUUAAAAUUGAAUAUAUAUGAUGGCCAGCGAUACAAACGAAUCACAGUUGGCGUUUAUAUCUGAGCAGGUUCAGAUUUGCAUGCUGCCUAGCCUCAACGCAGAUCUAGAUGAAGUCCAAACUCUGCCGGUGCAUUUUGAAGCCUACCAUUCCAUGCUCGAACAAGAGCUGCCCAAAUUAUACGAUUUAUUACAGAGAAACGAAGAUGUUUUAUUAAAUAAUAUCGCAUACCCGGAGAUUCGAGCGCAGCUCGUUUUGCUGCUAUGUGAACUGACUGCGUCGCCUACGAUUUACACCCUGAACGGCGAGUGCGAGCAAUUGCUGCAAAAUGCUAAUGAAUUGCUAAGGAAACUUUCUCCCUUUUGGCGAAACGCUGAGGAAAAUCUAAUUUUCAAAUAUUAUGAGAAAAAGUUGCAUAAGGAUUGCUGGAAGCGACAGCUGGGCGCGGUGCAUGGCUAUGUUAGAUACUUGGAGCAUCGACACAUAAACAAUAUUCAAAUGCCAACACAAUUGCUCACUUUCAGCUUAGCUGUGGGGCUCAAUGUGCGCGAGAGCUUUCAGUCGGAAUACAAACAACUUGGCGUGCGCAUCCUUACGCUUAUAUUGAAGGAUGGACUUUCCACUGAUAUUCAGCAAUUAAAUGUGCAAGGUGUUAUUUACGAGAAUGUGUUCAGAGAUGUCCAGAGUAUGGAAUCAAUUGGCGCAACGAUUUGCAAUUGGGAUUGCCUUUGCCUGUGCUUGGAUCAUUUCAUUGAGCUGGAUUCCUUUCCGUGGAAUCAAUGUGAUGACAUGCUCGAACGACUUAUCCAAAAUGUUUCGCUGGCCUCAAGCACAGAAAUGUCAAUUUCUCUAAUGCAUUUCAUAACAAAACUGGGCUACUACUUUGCUAUCAAUAAGAAUGAAAUUCAGGCAGUAUUAACCGCUGAUUUAACUGAGCCAAAUCGAAUGACUGACUGCUUGGAGGUCUGUGCCUCGUUAAAUGUCUGCACCAACUAUCGAUGGGCCAAGAGCAUACUCCAAAUGCUUGUGCUGGCGUCUGAAAAGCUAUUGGGUAGUGUGGAUGCUGCUGCACAGGUGCUGGUCGAGAUGCAGCGGUGUUAUCUAGUCUGCGUGCUGCCGAUUCCUCUCCAGGCCUUGCACAUUCAUUUGCGAGAAUUUUAUGCCAAGUUUGUUGCUGUGCUAAUGGAAUGCAUAAGUGUCCAUAAAGACAGUAAACUACUCCAAAAGCUAACGGAUCAGUUUGUACAGAUAUUCAUUUAUCAGCUAAAACACGGCUCAACGGGUAAGGAAGGUCCUUGUAAUCUAAAAAACUAUCUGACUGCGCUGGAGAACUUAAUUCCUGUUAUUGCCAAAUAAAGUUGA